AUGUUCUCGCUCGUCGCCAACGCCUCCGCGGCGGUGCACGCCAAGCGCACGCAAUUUUCCGGCGCGUCCGUGAAGACGCAGCGCCCGGCGGCCAUGCCGGUCGCGCAACGCCGUGGUGAUUUGUGCGUUCGCGCCGCCCGUGUCGCCGGGGUCGAGAUCCCGAACAACAAGCGCACCGAAACCGCGCUCACGUACGUGUACGGCAUCGGUCCGACGUCCGCCAAGGCAAUCAUGACGGCCACUAAGUUGGAGAACAAGCGCGUGCGCGAACUUUCCGAGGAGGAACUCACCGUCUUGCGUGAGGAGGUGGAGAAGUACCAGAUUGAGGGUGAACUCAGACGCUUCAUCACGAUGAACAUCAAGCGAUUGAAGGAGAUUCAGUGCCACCGGGGCAAGUUGCACAUUCGCAACUUGCCGGUCCGCGGUCAGCGUACGAAGACCAACGCCCGCACGCGCAAGGGUAAGGUAAAGACGGUGGCGGGUAAGAAGAAGUAA